CAGCAAGCCUCACAUCAAGCCCCAUCGUGCUCAACCGGGUCAAUCGCCAUUUAAUUGCUAUCUCGCUGAGCGGAUAGACUUUCAACUUUUCUCGGAGCUUUCCGAAGGCCGACACCUCCCGUCGCUCCCUUGCCCGGCACCACCGCAACGGUCUACAAAAACUCCCGUCCAAGCGGAUUGACCUGGCCGUGCUUCUUCCCCAGCACCACCUCUACAACAAAAGGAGCAUUCAAUCCUUCAUACACAUCACCACAAUGCGUCCCGCCAAUCUUCUCCGGGCUCUCCAGCCCCUGCGCUCCUCCAUGAUGCGCUCCACCACCACCACUACCUCCUCCACAACAGCGCCCUCUCUAUACCAAACCACUCGUCGCUCUCUCACGACCACUGUCCCCCGACUUAACGAGCAACAACAACAACAACAACCCCAACAAGAAGCAGACCUGUCAUCCUCCUCCACUACUACCACCACCACCGUCGUCCCUCCCUCCCUCCGCAGCUACCCCUACAAGACCAAAACCGGCACUGUCGUCUCCGUCGGCCGUAUGGACCGCACCGUCCGCGUCAGCCACCGCCACACCAUCUGGGACGCGCACAUCCAGAAGCCCUAUCCCAAGAUAACUACCUACCUGGUUUCGGAUCCGCGGAACUCGCUGCGCGAGGGCGACGUCAUUGAGUUCUCGUCCGGGUACCCGAAGAGCCGGAAUGUGCGGCACGUUGUCGAGAGAAUCAUUGCGCCGUUUGGAUCUGCUAUUGAAGAUAGACCGGCUGUUAUGACCCGCGAGGAGAGGGAUGCUGAGCGUGCGGCAAAGAGGGCUGCUAAGUGGGAGCGUAGGGAGGCGAGGAGGGUGGAGGCUGGUGUCCCUGAGGGUGAGGGGAAGGUUGGGGAGCAUGUUGGGAGGAUUAGGAGGUUGGUACUUGAGAGAACUGGUGGGGUUGAGGUCUAAGUUGUGAUCCUGUUUUUGAAUGAGGAUUGUGGUUUGAGAUGAUGGGGAUGAAGAGCUAGACAGAUGGAUUUAUUGGUUGUGGGGUUGCUUUCGUUUUAUUCUGUUCCAAUAUGUUGUAUGUAAACUUUGUGUGUCUGUAUAUUACUAGCUAUUUACUUUUUCAUGGCAUAUUGUGCUUUUGUCUUGGAUUGUUUGUUGGGUUGGUUGAGCACCUGUAGUUGUAAUAUAACUAGGGUCUGAGUGUAUACACCAAAUGUACAAUUCUGUGGUGAGAUACUAUCAUUACUUCAUGAAUAGUAUAAAGCUGAUCGCGAAGUAGCAGUCAUCUACCG